AUUGCAGGAUUCUGGCGGGAAGUUGGUGUGGCCUCCAGCCAAAACUUGGCACUGAAGACCCCAAAGAGGCUGGAAGCCUUGUUCCUGACCUUAGGUGGACAUGAGCUGAUCAUGAAGGCUUCAUAUAACAGCUCAGGCAGUUGUGAGACAGAAAAAAUAGUGAGCUCAGAAAUAGAUGUUUCGGGGACAUUCAUUUUUCCUGGCCACAGGGAGAUCCACGUGAUAGACACGGACUAUGAGCAGUAUGCCAUUUUGAGGCUGUCCCUCCUUUGGCAAGGCAAGGACUUCCAUGUGCUCAAAUACUUCACGCGGAGCCUGGAGGACGAGUAUGGACCAGGCUUCUGGAGAUUCCGCGAGUUGAUGGCAGACAUAGGGCUUUACCUGGUGGCCCGGCAUGGGAGGUGUGCCAAGCUCCUAAAGGAGGUGAGCUUUGCCCCGGACCACGCUGCCCCCCAAGAUGAGUCUCCUGAACUCACAGGGGCCCUGAAUCACUCUGGAUCCGGGGGCCUCCGGGGUGCAGACACCAGGCUGCCAGAGGGGGACCCCGGAG